AUGCCUACUCCAGGUUUAAACAUUCAAAGUAUGGAUGGCCCUUUAGAUCAUGCCUCACGUGAGAUUCCGAUGGACGAAAAUGAAGAGGAAAGUGAGGAUGAGGACGAGGAUGAGGUGGUCAUGGGUGAAGGAAAUGUUCCCUCUCAUUUGACAAUAAGAGAUGAUAAUGGAAAGGUUAUUUUACAACUUUGUGGUAGUGGGCUUGUUCCGGCCAAAGAAGCAGCAAAUGCCAUUAAUUAUGCGAUACACAAGCAGUUUUAUAAGGGUUUCUAUAAUUGGAUAUUUCAAAUGUAUUUUUUGACAUUAUUCAGUCACUUAGAAUGUUGCACAUGUUUGACAUUACUCCUCAUUUGUUCAUGA